CACUGCAGUGAAGCAGGUUUAACCCAAGGCCAAUAGAAACUCUUGAAGAUUAUAUGUACGGCUUGGUUUGUUUCACGGGCACCGCCAUCCGACCCAACCCGGUUCCUCCAAUCACUAGCCAGGGUAAGUGAGAUUCUAGGAGUUCCGGUUUGACUCGGCGCUCCUAAGUCACCAUCAAGUCCUCAGCCUUUGCCCCGCCCCCCAUCGGUUUCUAUCAAAGAAUCUUCCCCCAUUCGGUAAAACCCUCCUUGAACCCUGAACAAACAAUGUCCCGAUUACAAUCACAAUGAAGCGUGUGUUCAAAAUCUCCGAGGCAGCAGCCCAAUCAGAGCUGCUAUUAAAUCUCCACAGGCACCCGUCAAAACCCAAAACUGCAUCCCCUCUUUUAUUUACUUUUCCGAAUUUCUCUCUUUUCAGAUUUUAUGGUGACCUUGGUGCCCGAACAAACCAACCUCCGCUGCCAACGGCGAUUCCCAGCAACAUCAUCAGCUUGUUCAUUGAAAAGCUUUCUCAGGCGGAGCCCCAACCCAAAGCUAGAGAGGAUCUGUUCCGGAAAGUGAUUCUGUUCAGAGAUGAAUUGGUAAAAAGUGUUGAUUGUUUAGAGGAAGUGAACAAGGCGUUGGAGGAGAAAGGUGAUUGGUUACUUGGGAGUUGUAAACAUUACCCUGCUUUACGUACCAAAAAUUUCCAUGACUCUGCUUUUCUAGAGCUAUUGAAAAAGUUGUAUUCUUCGGGUAAUUUGGCCUUGGAGGUGUUUAAUUGGAGGAGAAAAAAGGCAGAGCAAGGCUAUCCUAUGACGGAGGAAGAGUAUGCUAGUGGUAUCGUCAUUGCUGGUAGGAUUAGGAAUGUAGAUCUUGCAGUUGAGCUCUUUGCUGAGGCUGCUAAUAAGCAACUCAAGUCUACGUCUACUUACAAUGCAUUAAUGAGUGCCUAUAUGUACAAUGGUCUUGCUGAGAAAUGUCAAUUAGUGUUUCGGGAUUUUAAAAGGGAACCAGAUUGUAGUCCUUCAAUUGUAACAUACAACAUUCUUAUAUCAGUCUUUGGUCGUUUGAUGCUGAUAGAUCACAUGGAGGCAACAUUCCAGGAGAUAAAAAAUUUAAAUCUUUCCCCUAAUUUAAAUACCUAUAACAAUUUAAUUGCUGCAUAUUUGACUGCUUGGAUGUGGGAUAGCAUGGAAAGAACUUUUCAUAUGAUGAAGGCUGGACCGGUUAAGCCAGAUAUUAAAACUCACAUGCUGAUGCUUCGAGGAUACGCACACUCGGGGAAAUUGGAGCAGAUGGAAAGGACAUACCAAAUGAUAAAGCAUCACGUUGAUGACAAGGAAAUCCCAUUGAUUAGAGCCAUGAUAUGUGCAUAUUGUAAGAGUUCUGUCAAGGGUAGGACUAAAAGGAUUAAGGAACUAUUAAGGCUAAUUCCAGAAAUUGAAUACAGGCCUUGGUUGAAUUUGUUGAUGAUUAGACUUUAUGCUCAGGAGAAUUGUUUAGAGAGUAUGGAUAACUCGAUUAAUGAGGCCUUUGAGCACAAGACCUCUGUUCUUACACUUCGCUUGAUGCGUUGCAUUAUUGCAGCUUAUUUCCGAUACAAUGCUGUGGACAAACUGGCAAAUUUUGUAAAGCGCGCAGAAUGUGCUGGAUGGAGAAUCUGCAGGUCUUUGUAUCACUGCAAAAUGGUCAUGUAUGGAUCACAGAAGCGCUUGGAAGAAAUGGAGAAUGUCCUUAAUGAGAUGGAUAAUUUCAACAUGGAUUACACGAAGAAGACAUUUUGGAUAUUGUACAAGGCAUACUCAAUGUGUGGUAAAAGACACAAGGUUGAGCAAGUAGUGGGAUUGAUGUGCAAACGCGGCUAUGGGAUUCCUUUGGACACAUAUGCAUCAUAAACCUUUUGUGCAGCAAUACACCAGCAGAAGUUGCAAGAAACAUUUAGCCAAUCAGCAUUUCUGGUUCAUCACGAUCAUAACACUUAAUAGAGAUUUCAAAUUACUCAUAGGUACACAUCUUGUCUUGAUGUAGUUCUUGAUUGAAAUGUGUUUAUAUAAUCAUUGGUCUGAAUAUUAACUUACAAUUAGGGGUGAAUUCAAGCCGAUGCUGAGUCAAUACAGUGCUAGGCUCAAGCUUGAGCUUGGCUUGACAGUGAAUGAGUCGAAUUCGAGUAUUCAUUGAGUCAAACCCAAGAAAUUCAUGAGUAGUUUGACUCAUUCACUCACCUAGUUACAAUGACAAAUUACAUUGGUAUUAUUGAUCCCUUUUUCUCCCACCUUCCCUGACUUCUUUUAUGAAUAAAUAUUAUAAAUAUUUAAUGUACAUAGUCAUAUCUCCAUGCAAUUGCUCUGUAGCCUUCAGUUUUCCUUCUUCCUCUUCCAAUUGAUUGGCGUUUUAUGAAUUGUUGCUACUAGGAAAUGAUACAUUGCGUAAAUGAGCCAUCCUCUGCUUGCACCUAUUGAGCUCUUACCUCCAAUUUCUGUUGUGUAAUUCAGCUGUUACAAUAGUCUUUAUGGAUGUUGUGAAACUAUAUUUAAUCUUAAGAACAAUCAUUAGUUGGUCCAAAAGAGACUUUAUGUUUGCACUCACUAGACAUUUUCGUCAAGCCUAAUAUCUAAACUUUAUGGUAGUUUGUCUAGAUUAAGGUAAACAGCAAUAGAAGCUCCAAGGAGAUUGGAAACCAGUCAGAGCUGGUGGGCUAUGAAAGGAUCAGAUAUGUAAUUGGUCCACCAGCUUUAUGACUAAUUUAGGAGAAUUUAAGUUCUGGUAGAGUUACCAGAUUUUAAGAAUGACUUGAGGAGAAGGCUAUAGGAGACUAUAACUGGAAUCGGACUCCUUGUUUGCUGUGACUAUAUUCAAGGUUUCACUCUCUACUGAGCUGCUCCUCAUUGCUUAUAAUCUCUCUUAUGCAGUAACUAUCAGUAUAUCCUGCCUGUAGGCCAGCAGACCAUAGUGGGCUUUAUCUUACCCAGUUGGAUUGAAAAAAGAGUAUGAAUUGUCACCUUCAACUAUAAGGAGAUCCUACAUGUCUAAAUCUUUAACACCUGCCUUUCAGUAAUUGAUGGAGCAUCUGGGAGUGCCCUGAAUAAUGCCUACAUUUAGAAAGUGCUACAUUGUUUGAUGGACUGAGACUACCCUUUAUAAGCUGAUUGCCAAGAGAAGGAAUAAAAUUCAUUAGGACAUUCAGGAUUGUGUGUUUUCUUGCUGCUUGCUUCCUGCCAUCUGACAAACUUGAUUAAGUUUUAUAGAACUGUAGAAAUAAUUUUUUCCUCAAAUGCAAGGAGAGACAAUGUUUUGGCAAUUUGAUUCUAACAAGAGAUUGGCUAGAACUCGUCAUCUAUGAGAAAGAGAGCUGAAGGUGACAUCUAAGGUUCAAUCAUGGCAUUCAUAAUUCAGUACAUAUUGAAUUGAUGAUCUUAGUUUAAUCGAGUAGCGUAGCUUUGUUCUCUGUUAGUUUUCUCAAACACCAGAGCUGUUUCUAAAUGUUAGGGUGUAAAAGUAUUGUACUGUUAUGCACAGCAAGCAUUAAGAUUUUGGGGUACAAGCCCAGUUUUGCUAUUUUUACUUCUAGCGAUUCUGGAACUUUCAAGCUUGGCCGAGAUGCAGGGUUCUUUGGCAUUCAAAUGAGAGUUGUAUUGCUGUAACUUCUUAUAAAUAUGUGGAACCAAAGGCCAAUCUAUAAAUUUUUUUUAAUUAAUUUACUUAAGAGGGUUAGCCACCCGAAGUG